AUGCUAGCAAGGCAGAUUUUACAAAUGUGGGGCUCACGGGCCUCAGUUAACUCUCUUCUAGAGAGCCGCCGUCCACUGCGCCACAUAGCACUGACCACGACAGGACUUGACCAUGAGAUGACCCUGCUGCAGGACAACCCUGACCACCGGGUAGAAUUUGAAAUAAAGUACCUGGGCGAUAUCCCAGGAGUGCCGGGGCACACAGACACAACCAACAGAACAGAGGUCUUAAAGAUCAUAGACAGGGGAAAGAAGCAGGGACUUGUACCUCUACAGUUGAGCACAGAUCAGGACGCUGUGCUGCACCUAGGUACAGAGUCCAUCAAGAUCACCAGGCGCGAUGGGGCAGAGGAUGAGCUUCAACACUACAAGCUGCAUGACAUCGCUCAGGUGUGCUAUGUGGACGAGGAUGGGCAGCAUAUACUGGCAGUCACACAUGGCACCCCAGAAAUUCUCAACAUGACAGUGCUUCUCUGUGAUAGUCAGGAGCAAGCAGAGGGUGUCCACUGUCUGUGGGGCUACUGCUUCCAGCUGGUCUAUGAGGACGCAAUGAUCAAACUCAUAGAGGAUACCAUUGACUCAACUAUUGACGUAUUUGACCCCAAGACUUCCACUCCUGGCACAGGAUCAACGAAAAGCACGUACAUGUAA